AUGCAGAGCGAGUCUUCCGUAACGCUCCGAAAAAUCAAACGGGUUCAGUUUGGGAUUCUGAGCCCGGAUGAAAUCAAACGAAUGUCGGUUACAGUGCCGCCGCACUCAGACGGCAUCAUGUAUCCAGAAUCGACUGAGAAUGGAAAGCCAAAGCUCGGUGGUAUCAUGGAUCCCCGACAGGGAGUAAGCGACAGAUUCUCGCGCUGUCAAACAUGCGCUGGAAACAUGAACGAUUGCCCUGGUCAUUUCGGCCAUAUUGAGCUCGCGAAACCAGUCUUCCACGUUGGUUUCUUCAACAAAACGCUUCGAAUCCUUCGAUGCAUCUGUUUCUACUGCUCAAAGGUGCUCGUGGACAAGAACAACCCGAAGAUGCAAAGCAUUCUCGCGAGAACAGCGGGAACUCCUAGAAAACGACUUGAUGGAGUGUACGAUCUCUGCAAAGGAAAGAACAUUUGUGAAGGCGGUGACGAAAUCGACGGAGAUUUCUCAGAGAAAAAAGACAACGGAGAACCAACAGAUGAGAACAAAAAGCCCUCUCAUGGCGGUUGUGGUCGUCACCAGCCUAUUUACCGGCGAACAGGAAUCCAGCUCACGGCUGAAUGGAAGAAGCUCAACGAAGACACCCAAGAGAAGAAAAUCACAGUAACGGCGGAACGCGUCCUUGAAGUCUUCAAAAACAUCUCUGACGAGGAAAUUGAAAUGUUGGGAAUGGACUGCAAGUAUGCCCGACCAGAGUGGAUGAUUAUUUCUGUCCUGCCCGUUGCUCCUCUUUGUGUUCGACCAUCCGUCGUCAUGGGUGGCUCUGGCUUGCGAUGCCAGGAUGAUGUGACGCACAAAUACUCAGACAUCAUCAAAGUCAAUACGGAGCUCCGCCGAAACGAGGCCUCCGGUGCUGCGGCGCAUAUUCUUGAACAAGGUGUUCUCGAAUUGCAAUUCCACGUGGCGACAAUGAUGGACAACACUCUCCCUGGUUUGCCACGAUCGAUGCAAAAGUCAGGCCGACCGCUCAAGUCGAUUUCAGAAAGAUUGAAAGCCAAAGAAGGUCGAGUUCGAGGAAACUUGAUGGGAAAGCGAGUUGAUUUCUCCGCGCGUACUGUCAUUACAGGAGAUCCUAACUUGAACAUCAAUCAAGUCGGUGUGCCGCGUUCCAUCGCCAGCAACUUGACCUAUCCAGAAAUUGUGACCCCUUUCAACAUCGACCAUCUUCAGCGUCUUGUUGAGCGUGGCUGCAACAAGUUUCCCGGAGCCAAAUACAUCAUCCGAGACACUGGAGAGCGUAUUGAUCUUCGUUAUCAUCCAAAGCCCUCCGAUCUGCAUCUUCAAAUCGGCUACAAAGUCGAGCGACACAUCCGCGACAACGAUGUCAUUAUCUUCAACCGACAGCCGACGCUGCAUAAAAUGUCUAUGAUGGGUCACUUGGUCAAAGUCCUUCCCUGGUCGACCUUCCGUUUGAACUUGUCCGUCACUACUCCCUACAACGCCGAUUUUGACGGAGACGAAAUGAAUCUGCACGUUCCUCAGUCGAUGGAAACGAGAGCUGAAAUUCUCCAGCUCGCGCUUGUCCCCCGACUCGUUGUCACUCCUCAAAGUAACCGACCUGUCAUGGGUAUUGUCCAGGAUACUCUAACUGCUGUGCGAAAGAUGACCAAGCGUGAUGCUUUCAUUGAAAAAUCCGAUUUCAUGAACUUGGUUCUCUUCAAGACCAUGUGGGAUGGACGAGUCCCUAUUCCAGCUAUUCUCAAGCCACGACCCCUCUGGACAGGAAAACAGCUCUUCACGAUGAUGGUGCCAGAAGGAGUCAACUGUACUCGACAUCACUCAACGCAUCCGGACGACGAGGACAAAGGUCCAUUCAAAUUUAUCUCAGUUGGAGAUACGCGAGUUGAAGUCGUCAACGGUGUUCACGUGAUGGGCAUUGUUUGUAAGAAAACGCUUGGUGCAUCGUCUGGAUCGCUCAUUCACGUCAUUUUCAACGAAAAGGGCCCUGAAAUCACAAAACGAUUCUUUGGCGACGUCCAGCGAAUUAUCAACAAUUGGCUGCUCAUCGAGGGCCACUCGAUCGGUAUCGGAGACACAAUUGCUGAUGCACAGACAUACAAAGAAAUCCAGGCGCAAAUUCGAAAAUCCAAGGCCGAAGUGCUUGACGUCAUCGAACAAGCUCACAAUGAUCAGCUCGUCCCCACUCCCGGUAACACCCUUCGAUCUACCUUCGAAAACAAGGUCAAUCGAAUCCUCAACGACGCUCGUGACAAGACUGGUUCUUGCGCCCAAAAAUCGCUGUCCGAAUUCAACAGUUUCAAAGUCAUGGUCAACGCUGGCUCAAAGGGAUCCAAGAUUAACAUUUCGCAGAUUAUUGCUGUCGUCGGUCAGCAGAACGUUUCAGGAAAGCGAAUUCCUUUCGGCUUUGAGCAUCGAACCCUUCCACAUUUCUUGAAGGAUGAUUACUCACCCGAAUCGAAGGGUUUCGUCGAGAACUCCUACCUUGCCGGUUUGACUCCCACUGAGUUCUUCUUCCACGCUAUGGGAGGUCGAGAAGGUUUGAUCGAUACGGCCGUCAAAACUGCAGAAACUGGUUACAUCCAGCGUCGUCUGGUCAAAGCUAUGGAGUCUGCAGUUGUCAGAUACGACGGAACAGUCCGUAUUUCCAACAACAACAUUAUCCAGUUCCGAUACGGUGAGGACGGUCUCGCCGGUGAGCACGUCGAGUUCCAGAACUUGUCCACGAUCAAGCUCUCUGAUCGAAUGUUCGAAAAGAAGUUCCGAUUCGACUAUACCAACGACAAGACGCUUCGAAAACGCCUCCAGGAAGACGUCGUCCGUGAAAUUCAGUCAAACCCGGAAAUCCACAACAAAGUUGACGAGGAGUUUGACCAGCUCUGUAUCGAUCGACAGACAGUGCGAAAUAUCUUCCCUCGUGGUCGAACACGAGUCGCGCUACCUUGUAACAUGCAGCGCAUGAUCAUCAACGCUCAGAAAAUCUACAGUCUCACCAAGCAGACUAAAUCUGACUUAGACCCAAUCAAGAUCGUCGAGGAUGUCCAAGAGCUCACAAAGCGUCUUAUCGUAGUGUCCGGAACUGAUCCACUCUCAAUCGAAGCUCAGAACAACGCUACUAUGUUGUUCAACAUUCACAUGCGCUCGACCAUGUGCUCCAAGCGUGUCAUUGAAGAGUAUUACCUGAAUUCACAAGCAUUCGACUACAUCAUUGGUGAAAUCGAGUCAAAAUUCAACGCUGCCAUCACGCAUCCAGGAGAAAUGAUUGGUGCUCUUGCUGCCCAGAGUUUGGGAGAACCGGCCACUCAGAUGACCUUGAACACUUUCCAUUAUGCUGGUGUGUCCGCGAAGAACGUCACCCUUGGUGUCCCUCGUCUCAACGAGUUGAUCAACAUCACCAAGAAGCCAAAGACGCCUUCAGUCACCAUCUUCCUCCUCGGCGAGCAUGCGCGUGACGCGGAAAUGUGCAAAGAUGUCCUUUGCCGACUUGAACACACGACAAUGAAAACCGUCACUGCGAACACGGCCAUUUUCUACGAUCCGCAUCCGAUGAACUCCGUCAUUGAAGAAGAUCAGGAUUUCGUCUCAGUUUACUACGAAAUGCCCGACUUCGAUGUCAGUAGAAUUUCUCCCUGGCUCCUUCGAAUUGAGCUCGAUCGCAAGAAGAUGACAGACAAAAAGUUGACAAUGGAACAGAUCUCAGAGAAGAUCAACCAUGGAUUUGGCGAUGAUCUCAACUGUAUUUUCAACGAUGAUAACGCCGAUAAGCUGGUCUUGCGAGUCAGAAUAAUGAACAACGAGCAAAAAGAUGCUGAAGACGAAGAUGAAGCUGCAGACAAGAUGGAAGACGACACCUUCUUGAGAUACAUCGAGGCGAAUAUCUUGUCCGACAUGACUCUUCAGGGCAUUGAAUCCAUUUCUCGUGUAUACAUGAACUUGCCAAAGGAAGAAGAGAAAAAGAAAAUCUUCAUCAACAAAGAGGGCGAGUUCGCUUCUCAGCAAGACUGGAUCCUUGAAACUGACGGAACGGCGCUAAUGAAAGUUUUGUCUCAGCGAGAUAUUGAUACUGUUAGAACGAGCUCUAACGAUAUUUGCGAGUGCUUCGAAAUUCUUGGUGUUGAAGCUGUCCGAAAAUGUCUCGAGCGAGAAAUCACGAACGUCAUCUCUUUCGAUGGUUCUUAUGUCAACUACAGACACAUGUCUAUGUUGUGCGAUGUCAUGACCUCGCGCGGUCACUUGAUGGCUAUUACUCGACACGGUGUUAAUCGACAAGACGUUGGUGCUCUCAUGCGAUGCUCUUUUGAAGAAACUGUCGAUAUUUUAAUGACUGCUGCGGCUGCUGCAGAAGUAGACCCACUUACUGGUGUUUCUGAAAACAUCAUGCUCGGGCAGCAAAUUCCUGGUGGAACUGGUUGCUUCCAGCUUGUCCUCGACGUUGAAAAAUGUAAAGAUGCGAUGGAAGUUCCUGGCAAUGGCGGUGGCAACUUCAUGGGCGGUAUGUUUGGCGGAGCAAUGUCUCCUUCCGGCUCGUUUACUCCUUCGAUGCCGUGGGCAGAUGGAAGUGCGACGCCUUCUGGUGUUGGAUGGACGCCGUACACUCCCCGUGGUGGUGCUACUCCUGGUGGUAUGUUCUCGCCCGCGCAGAGCGAAGACGUCAGCUUCUCGCCCGGUUACACUCCCAACUAUCCCGGAGCUUCUCCUGGCGCGAUGUCGCCUCGAUCACCAUUCAUGCCCUCUCCCGGGCACGGAGAUAUUCCACAGAGUCCGCAUUACCAGCCUCAGAGUCCUGCUGGCGCGUCUCCUGGAUAUUCGCCGAACUACUCACCGGAUGGGCCAGGUUAUUCGCCGACAUCACCGAGCUACUCGCCUACAUCUCCGAGUUACAGCCCAACCAGUCCAUCUUACAGCCCGACGUCUCCAAGUUAUUCACCAACAUCGCCAAGCUAUAGCCCCACUUCACCAAGCUAUAGUCCGACUUCUCCGAGCUACAGUCCCACCAGUCCGUCGUACAGUCCGACUUCGCCAAGUUAUUCUCCGACUUCGCCCAGUUACUCGCCGACCUCACCGAGCUAUUCGCCAACAUCGCCAUCUUAUAGCCCGACGUCGCCGAGCUACUCUCCCACGAGCCCGAGCUACAGUCCAACUUCGCCGAGCUACUCGCCAACAUCGCCGUCGUAUUCGCCGACAAGUCCCUCUUACUCACCGACAAGUCCGAAUUACAGCCCUACGUCACCAAGUUACAGCCCCACAUCGCCUUCGUAUUCCCCCUCUUCACCAGCAUACACCCCGUCGAGUCCCAAGUACAGCCCGACCUACAGCCCCUCCUCGCCAUCAUAUUCACCCGCUUCACCAAAAUACACUCCCGGCGAUGGAGGAACUCCUGGAUCGAAGGCUUACUCACCGACUUCGCCAACCUACUCCCCCUCUAGUCCCAAUUACAGUCCUUCAAGCCCCGCCUAUUCACCGGCCAGUCCCAGUUACUCGCCAACAUCACCUAAUUACUCACCAAGCAGUCCGCAAUACAGCCCUGCUUCGCCAUCCGGCUACUCCCCUACUUCACCUAGUAACUAUUCUCCUGCUAGUCCAAGUUAUAGCCCGACUUCUCCCGCGUACAGUCCAUCUAGCCCGGCUUAUAGCCCCGCUAGUCCGGCCUACUCUCCAGAGGAUGAAGAAGAAAAGAAAUAA